AUGCGCGGGCUGUGCCCCCGCCUCUGCCUGCUGGCCGCCGCGCUGGGGCUGUGCGGGGGCAGCAGGAACUGCCCCGACCUCAUCGUGGACCGCUGCCUCUGCGCCGCCGAGCGCGCCAAGGGGCCCGGCCGCCCGGCCCUCCGCAUCAAAGUGGUCUGCACCGGCGGAGACUUGGUGGAAACUUUGCAGCCCGCCGUGCUGCCCAACCGCACCGUGUCCCUGAUUCUGAGUAACAACAAGAUCUUGUGGUUGAAGAAUGGCUCUUUCUUCGGGCUGAGAUCCCUGGAGAGACUAGAUCUGAAGAAUAAUUUGAUCAGCACAAUUGAGCCAGGGGCCUUCUAUGGGCUUUCAGAACUGAAGCGCCUGGAUCUUUCAAAUAACAGAAUUGGUUGCCUAACACCAGAAAUGUUUGUUGGACUUAAUAAUCUUCACAAACUGAAUUUGUCAGGGAAUAUUUUUUCAAGUCUCAUGAAUGGACUUUUUUCUGAGCUGCUAGCUCUGAAAGCCCUACAUUUCAACACUGAUUCGCUGAUUUGUGACUGUAACCUGAAAUGGGUCUUGCAAUGGGCCAGAAAUGCUUCAGUCCGAAUAGCAGAGGAAACAGUUUGUGCUUACCCCAGGGCUUUGCAUGGACUGUCGCUUUAUAACCUGAAGGAAAACCAGCUGAUAUGUGCUGGGCCUCUGGAACUUCCUCUCUUCGAGCUGAUCCCUUCACAAAGACAAGUGGUUUUCCAUGGAGACCGCUUGCCUUUCCAGUGUACUGCAACUUACGUGGACAACAGCACCCAAGUGCAGUGGUACCACGCGGGACGCCUGAUCGAGACCGAUGAGGAGAGCGGCAUCUUCGUGGAGGACAGCAUCAUUCACGACUGCUGCUUAAUUACACGUGAACUUAUCCUGUCCAGUAUUGACAUUGAUGCAAGUGGAGAUUGGGAGUGUCUAGUCAAGAACUCCUAUGGAAAUAGCACUAAACAAGUAGAAAUUGUGGUGCUUGAAACAGCUGCUCCCUACUGCCCUGCAGAAAGAGUUAUUAACAACAAGGGAGAUUUCAGGUGGCCCAAAACAUUGGCUGGGAUAACUGCUUACCAGCCCUGUCUCCAGUAUUCUUUUAACUCUGUUGCAUUUCACAACGGCGCAGAAGAGGCAAAGGCGUGGCGUAAAUGUAACCGAACUGGACGCUGGGAUGAAGAAAACUACUCUGAGUGUCCUUAUUCACAAGAAAUAACUCAAGUUCUUCAUGCUUUUAGUCAGAUGCACAUCAAUUUGACCACCGUGCUGGAGUUUUCCCGGCAGCUGACAGCCUACACAAGAGGUGCUUCCCUCUUUGCGGAUAAAAUGGAUGUAAUAUAUUUGGCUUAUAUAAUGGAAAAGUUAAUUGUCUUCGUGGAUGAAGUUGAAGAUAUUGGGGAUGCUCUUAUUGAGAUUGCCAGCAAUAUAAUGUUGGUGGAUGAUCACGUGUUGUGGAUGGCUCAAAAAGAAGACAAAGCCUGCACCAGGAUUGUACGAUGUGUGGAACAGAUUGCAAAUCAAAUAUUGACCAGCAAGAUUCAAGUUAUAUCAAAGGUAUCUCGUAAUAUUGCUCUGGAAGCCUUCAUGAUCAAGCCAUCCAGUUUCACAGGAAUGACUUGCACUGCCUACCAGAAAACAUCCACAAGCUCAGAUAAGUCAGUGACUCCUGAUUUGGGAAGAUGGGAAGCCAACCACAAUCCUGAUCUACAUUUGAAUUUCAAGUGCAACACUGGCAAUCUGGAUGGUUCUUUGGUGAAUUCUUCUACCAGGAAUGCUGUAGCAGUAGCUUCAGUUCAUUUGCCACAGUCUGUCUUCUCUCAGUCUUCAGCCUGGCAAUCUGUUGAUAACUCCACUUGCAAGCUACAGUUUAUUGUCUUUCGGAAUGGAAAACUCUUUCCUAGCACAGGAAACUCGUCAAAUCUCGCAGAUGACGGGAAACGUAGGACGGUUGCCACACCAGCUGUUUUUGCUAAAAUAGAUGGGUGCAGUUUUGGAAACCUCACCAGCCCUCUUACUAUAGGAUUGAGGCACUUUGCACGGGGUAUAGACCCCAUUGCAGCCUUCUGGGAUUUUGACCUUCUAGAUGGACAUGGAGGCUGGUGGGGAGAAGGGUGCCACAUAAUUAGUUCUGCAGGCAAUAUUACCACCAUUCAGAGUACACACUUCAGUAACUUUGCAGUGCUAAUGGAUUUUAAGACAGUGCUGUCUUUCCCCCAGUACCCAGGGGAGUUUCUGCACCCUGUGGUUUAUGCAUGUACUGCAGUUAUGUUGCUGUGCCUGUUUGCUUCCAUUAUCACCUACAUUGUCCAUCACAGCACAAUCCGAAUAAGCAGAAAAGGAUGGCACAUGCUUCUCAACUUUUGUUUCCAUACUGCUCUCACAUUCGCUGUUUUUGCUGGUGGAAUCAAUCGCAUUAAAUAUCCAAUUAUAUGUCAAGCUGUUGGCAUAGUACUGCAUUAUUCUACACUCUCUACUAUGCUAUGGAUUGGAGUAACUGCCAGGAAUAUUUAUAAGCAAGUCACAAAAAAACCUCAGCCUUGCCAAAACAGUGACCAACCUUCUUAUCCAAAGCAACCUCUACUCAGAUUUUAUCUGAUUAGUGGUGGAGUUCCGUUCAUUAUAUGUGGGAUUACAGCAGCAACAAAUAUCAAUAAUUAUGGGAUUGAAGGCAAUGCACCAUAUUGCUGGAUGGCCUGGGAGCCCAGCCUCGGUGCUUUUUACGGGCCGGUGGCAUUCAUUGUGCUGGUGACCUGUGUUUACUUUCUCUGCACGUACGUGCAGCUGAAGCGCCAUCCUGAACGCAAGUAUGAGCUGAAGGAAAAGACAGAAGAUCCGCAGAGAAUGCCAAGUACUGACAUGGGCCAUGGUCAUAUUACAGACUCUGUGUCCGUUCCCCAGGCAACCUGCCCCAUGAUUUCUUCUUCCUUAUUGGAAAAUGAGCAUUCGUUUAAGGCUCAGCUUCGAGCCGCAGCAUUUACUUUGUUCCUGUUUACUGCCACUUGGACCUUUGGAGCACUUGCAGUAUCUCAAGGCCAUUUCUUGGAUAUGAUAUUUAGCUGUCUUUAUGGAGCUUUCUGUGUGACCUUGGGGCUUUUCAUCCUGAUCCAUCACUGUGCAAAGCGAGAUGAUGUGUGGCAUUGCUGGUGGUCCUGUUGCCCAUCCAAAAGAAACACCUACUCUGUGCAAGUUAAUGUGCGCCCAAAGGUCAACAUCAAUGGCGACACCCAAGUUCAUGCGCCUUGUCUGCAGGAAUCUCCGUGUCCCAACAAGUCAGCUGUGUUCAAUCACCCAACAGCGAGCCACUGCAAACUCACUAACCUGCAAGCAGUGCAGAACCACGUUAACUGCCUGUCGCCCGUGACACCGUGCUGUGCAAAAAUGCACUGUGAUCAGCUGCUUGAUGAUGAAGCUCACAUCCAUGUCCACAACGAGGGAAGCUUCAGACCCAACAUGCACAUUCACAGAUGUCUGAAAAGCAGAACUAAGCCACGUUACUUCAGUCGGCACAGGUCUGCGGGGGAAAGGGAGUACGCCUACCACAUCCCCUCGAGCAUUGACGGCAGCAUUCACAGCUCCCACACAGACAGUCCCCACAGCACACACGAGAGCCAGUCGGGUCACAGACGGGCCUGCUGCUCCAAGAGUGAUCCGUACCCUACCGUCAACCAGCCCGAAAGCAGCGACGCAAGUACUGUAAUAUACAGUUGUGGCAAAAUGCCAGACAGUGACACUGUGCACCACCCAGCUCACUUUGAAAUGCACCCACGGACACAGUCAUUGCCAUUUAAUACAACAAAUCACAACGGAAUUCUCAAGGGAAACAUGCAUGAAGCCAUGAUAUACAGCUCAGAUAGUACAGGAAAUAUCAAAACUGGCCCUUGGAAAAAUGAAACUACUGUGUAGUUCAUAGGCCAUCAUAAUGUGCUUUUUGCCCUAAACCAUCGUUAUCUUUGUUUUUAUUCCAAAAUAAAUAUGGUGGUAUGUUUGCGUAGCUCAUCAGUAAAUUGUACAGCUUUUCAUUUUCUUUGUAAGUGUCAAAGAAAGAGGGAUAGUGACAGUUUUAAAGUGAAAUUAUUUUUAAAAGAAAGUUAUAAAAUUAUUCUGAAAGAUAAUGAGAAAAUGAAAUCUAGACAAUUGAAUAAGAGAGGCAAUAUCCUUUUGUUAUAUAGAAUGACAUUUCUUUAGAAAAAUCAUUUUCAUUAAUUAUUUUC